UGACGUGACAAGGCAAACCAAAAUCGCUGCUGCUAGUACUGGUUAGCAAGUUUGUUGACUUUCGCAUUUCCUCGAUCCUCCUCGAAAUCAGAGCAGUGACACGAAAAUGGACAAUAGCGGGAAAGAAAAGCAAGCGAUGGCUUUAAUAGCUGAGGCUGAAAAGAAAAUGAAAUCUUCGCAGUCGUUUUUUGGAGCGUUGUUUGGGGGUUCCUCCAAGAUGGAAGACGCCUGUGACCUGUAUGUGAGGGCAGCCAACAUGUACAAAAUGGCCAAAAAUUGGUGUGCUGCGGGAAAUGCAUUCUCCCAAGCCGCUCGCCUUUACCUUCAGAUGCAGAGCAAACACGAUGCUGCGUCUAACUUCGUAGAAGCUGGAAACGCCUUCAAAAAAGCAGAUCCACAAGAGGCCAUAAACUGCCUAAACCGAGCGAUUGAGAUAUACACUGAUAUGGGCCGCUUUAUCAUCGCAGCCAAACAUCACAUCAGCAUCGCUGAAAUAUAUGAGACUGAACUGGUGGACAUUGACAAGGCCGUUGCUCAUUAUGAACAAGCAGCGGAUUAUUACAAAGGUGAAGAAUCCACCAGUUCUGCAAACAAGUGCCUUCUGAAAGUAGCAACCUACGCAGCUCAGUUGGAGCAGUACCCAAAAGCGAUUGAUAUCUAUGAACAGGUUGGAACCCACGCAAUGGACAGUACGCUCCUGAAAUACAGUGCCAAGGACCAUUUCUUCAAGGCAGCGCUCUGCCACUUCUGUGUAGACAUGCUGAAUGCAAAACUUGCUGUACAGAAGUAUGAAGAAAUGUUCCCGGCCUUUUCAGACUCUCGAGAGUGCAAGCUAUUGAAGAAACUUCUAGAUGCCUGUGAAGAACAGAAUGUGGAUGCCUAUACUGACUCGGUGAAGGAAUACGACACCAUUUCACGGUUGGACCAGUGGCUCACCACCAUGCUUCUCCGCAUCAAGAAAACCAUACAGGAAGAUGAGAGUGACCUUCGCUGAUUUCCCCCCCCCCGAUCAUCCUCAAGCCCUCGACAACUGGCUUGCAUCUCUCUUUUUGCCUUGAGCCUCUCACUUCCAUUCUAGCAGCAAUCCUCAUAGAUACUGUGUUUGUUUCCUACCAUCUCCAGUAUUUUUUCUUGCCUAUUUAAUUAAUGCUCCAAAAAUGAUGGUCUUUAUAGAUAUGAACACUAUUUUCCUGAGUGCACUCUACACACAAUAAGUUGGUUGUAUAUUGUUAUGAUAAAGGUAUUGGCCCAAUAUUAGUUCAGAUAUUCAUUAUAGGCACCAAUACCAAAUACUCAUACCAGCACACUUAUAGAAAAGGUUUUAUUUGAUGUUUCUAGUUAUAAAAUGGAUGAGAGGAUGCCAGUUUACUAACAUUUUGAUCUACAAAAUCUAUUUUCCAGAAUGUGCUUCAAAUAAACUUAACUGACCAAAAUGCCAAUAUAAACUAAAGCCCUCACAUUGGUUUUUGGUUCUUUUGAGUGCUCAAGUAUGCAGUAGUGUAGGUCAUACCAGGGCACCGCUAAUUAAACAGCACUUCAUCUCCGCUGCAGAACUCCUCUGCAAGCAGAGGCCAAGAGUUUCUGAGGUUAGUCCAUGGCAAAUACCCCCUCUGCCUUAUACUGCGAAGUUCUCAGGAUGUGGACAGCUAGAUUUGAUGAAAAAAAAAAAAUCUUUUACAAGCGUUACCAAAUUCAUUUGCUAAUUGUUUUUGUCAUUUCCAUUUAAAGUGCUUUUAUUCCACAAAAGAAGGUGAAAGAAGCUGUCACCUUUCUGAACAUUUGCAUGGUUUGAUACGGAUGAGACUAGAGCAGCAGUUUCCAUUGUAUAGGAGUUAUUUCUCAAGUGUUUUUUGUGUCAUUUGUGUUCUUUUUCUGUUAAAACUAACCAGGCUGGAAAAAAACAAGCAUUUUUUAAAGGCCUGCACGAGAUGCAAUACAUUGAUGAAAAAGGAGCUUUACUGAUCUGAACACUGUGCUCAUGUACCCUCCUGAUGAUGUUGUCAAUAGACAACUGGUCUUAAAUAAUUUGUACAUCAGUGAUGUUUCCUGUCAAGCAUUUGAAUAAACCUGUCUCAGACGCAAAGCAUCCUGGGCGUG